GUCCAAGUCGUUUCAUUUUCACAGUUCCUGCCUAAACGUUCACGACAUUUUUCAACCGUCUUGAAAGGCGCUCUAAUCAUCCCGGGAUAAAACAAAAAUCAAACAAGAACAGGAAAAACCUCAGCACUUAUUUGCAACUUCAUACUCUGGCUCUCUAUAGACUAGAAAAAGAUCAGUAGUCUGGCUGGCAGAAUGGCAAUUCGCUGGCUUGCUGUUCUGUGCGCUUGGGCGCUUAUAGCGCAAUUUACUCUUUCAUUGCCCGAGGAAGAAUACCCUGAAGAAUUUGAACUCGAUGAACCCGAGGCUCCAGAAGAAGAAGUCAAGACCAGGCAAAGGAGACAAAGUGCCUGCGAGGACCAACUUAAUUACUGCUCUCAAUGGCCAGACAGAUACUGUCAAGACUAUAGAGAUUACAUGAAAAAGAACUGUCCGAAAAAAUGCGGAUAUUGUAGUGGCCCAACUAAACCUCCAGUUUGUGAAGACAAAAGUCAAUAUUGUUCAGGCUGGAAAAGUAGCGGGUUUUGUGAUCAAUCAAGCCAAUGGCAUAACUACAUGAAGAACAACUGCGGAAAGACGUGUGGCUUUUGCGGAGGAGGAGGAGGAGGAGGAGGAGGCGGUGUGAGCAAUGCCAGUGAUAAAGUGAAAAAAUGUACUUUUGAUGAUAGUAUGUGUGACUGGCAUAAUGUUCCGUUUGAUGACGACAUGGAUUUUGUCAUCAAAAGCAGCAUCUCUGGUGGACCGAGCUCUGGAGCUGGGGGGAGUGGGAAAUUUCUCGUGACUGAGACAAGUAAUGGCAAGGCGCAACUUCUGAUCCCGUUUGAGUUGGUCCUCGGCAGUCACAACGCAGAUCACGGCACGAUGUGUAUCAGGUUUAACUAUUACAUCACUAGGGGGUCACUGACGUUGUAUAAGAUCGAGAAUAGAAAGGGAUCAAGAAAGACAGUUCUAGCAACUAUUAGUAAUCAAGGAAAUCAAGGCGUGUGGAAAUGCGAGAAAGUCAGAGUAGAAGUCAGUGUGCAUCGACAGCUGUUGUUUGAGGCAAAUGCCUCUGGCCAAGUGAUUGCCAUUGAUGAUAUCAGUUUCGCCGAUAGCUGCUAGGUAAGAGCUCACUUCGGUAAAAUAUUAAGAUAUUUACGUGGACUUUUGAUUUGUAAGUCU